GCAGGCAAGCAGCCAGUCAGCUACCAGAGCCUCAGUGACUGAGAGACCAACAAGUGUGACUCUGCAAGCUCUCUGAACACGCAAGUAUCACCAGAAACAAUGAACUCUGUGGAUCAAGUGGGUAUGUUGGCUUUACUUGUCACUCUUCUCUUUGGAGGACAAAGCAAUGCCUGCAGCUGUGGACCUCAGCACCCUCAGACUGCUUUUUGCCACUCCGAUAUUGUGAUUAAAGGAAAGAUCAUCCAGAGGGAACAGGUGACAACAGGAAACGCAAAUGAAGGAAGUGAAUGGAUCCGCUAUGAGAUCAAGCAAACUAAGAUGUUCAAGGGCUUUGAGAAAGCUACCGAUGUCCAGUACCUGUACACUCCCCAUGAUGGUGGUCUGUGUGGUUUUGAACCAACUGAUGACGUUUUGGACAAUCAGAAAGAACUGGUCAUCGCAGGCAUGAUGGGAGAAGAUGGUCGUGUCAGUGUCAGUGUGUGCAGUUUUAUCCAGCCUUGGGCCAACUUGACUUCUUCUCAGAAACGGGGGAUCAUGUUCACCUAUAAGAACCACUGCAACUGUAAGAUCUCUCCCUGCCAGUUUGUUCCCUGUGCUCUGUCUUCUGAACAGGAGUGCUUGUGGACAGACGGCUUGUUCACACGCAGCUGGGACCACGUCCAGGCCCAGCAGUAUGCCUGUGUUAAGCAGGACAACGGCGUUUGUGGCUGGGCACCACAGAAACCCACGGGUCUUCGAGGUGUCUUCACUUCCAAUCAGUAACACCUUGUAUUACUGGUUCCAAGUCUGGCGCAGUGCCAUGACUUAGCGGUCCCCAGAAGAUUCUGUCACGGGGGGCAGCAAGCUGCCUAUUUGCACAUGCUUUAAGAAACGCAAUACCACGAGCGGCACAAAAAAAAAACAAAAAACAAAAAACAACAAAAAAAAAAGCAAACAAAGUGUGUAUCUUUUUCUUUUUUUUCUUUUGGAAUUUUAAAUAAAAGAACCCAAAAGGUACAGGUAUAUAAAAAAUGGAUCUUAAUAAUCAUGACUGCUAAACAACUAGAAUGUCACUUUUGCUUCUAGAAUGAGAAGCAAAACUUUCAAGUUCCUAAAGAGAUGACAAAUGGGGAACCUCUGCUCCUAUUUGCACUUUAAUGUGGGGGAUUUUGUUUUUUUUCUUGUUUUUUACUUGUUUGUUUUUUCAAAUUCCAAAUGUUAGUUAAAUAAAGUUUUUUUGUUUAAAUAAAUUCAUGACAGUCAUCACAUUUUACAAAUACUCUAAUUGAACUAGAAGCACAUUUUUAUAAUAAAAUAUUGUAAUUUUCC